AUUGACUGGAGAAUAGUGGAACACAACCUUUAAGUGGGAGGGAUGAGGUAAAGAUUUCUUAGAGGUUAAGGUAGUGAGCUGUAAUGCAAUACUCCCUAAUAGUAUCGUAAUGUAUAGUAGCUUAAAAAAGGAAAUGGUGGUUAGAUCACUUAGAUGUGAUUUGAGCCGCUUGAGGAUAAAUAGUACUCCGUACUGUGUAAAUCAAGCAUACCACCAAAUUAAUAGGCGGUUUGACAACAUUUUUUUUCGGCUUAUCAAUCAUCUUUUUUAUCAAACACAAUCAACCAAUGCAGUCACUUCAGCCAGAACUUCAUAAAUUUCAGCAGAAUCAACUAAAUCAGCCCAUUUUCGUGCUACCCAACUAGCUCUAAUUGCCGUGACGCUUAAUUACGGCAGAAGUGGCGCGGCUGCAAGCGGUGGGUACAGUGUCUUCUCAUUUUCCAAGUGAAAUCUAAUUAUGACUAAUUACCGGCGCGGGCCGCAGUCCCAUACACAUAUACAGAGUAGAGGCCGCCGGCUGGCUUUUCAUUCACUCAUUCGAAAUUACACAGUGAAAAUUCAGAAAAGAUCGAGUGACAGAAAUGGGAGUUCCUUCGUUUUACAGAUGGUUAGUGGGUAAAUACCCCAAAAUAGUUGUGAAUGCAGUUGAAGAAGAAACGGAUUCCAGCUUGCCCAACCCCAACGCAGGAUUGCUUCACGAGUUCCAUAACUUUUACGUGGACAUGAAUGGGGUCAUUCAUCACUGUUUUCACCCCGAGGAAGCGCUCUUUCCUCCUACAACAAACGAGGAAGUGUUUGAGGCCAUAUUUGAUUACCUUGACCGCCUCUUUAACAUUGUACGCCCUCGGAACCUGCUUUACCUUGCAAUAGAUGGAGUCGCCCCAAGGGCGAAGAUGAACCAACAGCGGUCUCGGCGUUUUAGGACCGCUAAGGAUAAGCAGAUAAUGGUAAUUUAUUUUUACACUUUUCUUUUUUUUUCUUCUUUUUUCUUUUUUUAUUUACUUUUAAUCUUUUUACCACGGGGCAGGGGAGGGUGUUGGAGGAUCCUACGGUAAUUGGGUAAACAAGACUUAAACUUCUUCCAUAGAGUUUCAAAUUCUAAACCUCCGUCAUAUGAGAGUGAGAGAGUGAGUGGGCGACCACUAAACUGGACUGCUUCCUCUUAUCCUUGCACUUCUUUUUUGGAAUAGGAGGAGAUGAAGCUAAGGAAAAGGUUUGCAAGUGAGGGUAAGCAGGUGCUGGAGAAAGAGGAGUCUCAAGUGUCAGACUCGAAUGUAAUCACUCCUGGCACUGCCUUUAUGUAUACCCUCUCUCUCAAGCUACAAAGUUACAUCCAAAACCAGAUCAAAUCUAACAAGGGAUGGAAUGAUAUCAAGGUUAUUCUGUCGGACUCUAAUACUCCCGGGGAAGGAGAACACAAGAUAAACUCUUUUAUUCGUGCCCAACGAACUUUCCCAGAUUAUGAUCCCAACACUCGGCAUUGUCUGUAUGGUUUGGAUGCUGACCUGAUAAUGUUGGCAUUAGCUUCCCACGAGCUUCACUUCUCUGUUUUGAGGGAGAAUGUGUUGAUUCAGGAUGACAUUUCGAGCGGGUUAUCAUCUCUUCAGCUUAGCCUCCACAAAGCUGAAAGUCAUACUCAUGAUGAUGGUGUUGUUACAUGUAAUAAGGUGAAGCACUUCCGUGAAGCCAAGAAUAAAUUUCAGUUCCUCAAUGUUUGGGUGCUUAGGGAGUAUUUGGACCUUGAAAUCUGCCCAAAUCUUAUAGAGGAUGCUAAAGUUCAUCCAAACAAUAAUAAUGCUGGCGCUUACUUUCCAGAAGCUUCUAAAUCCCAACUGGACAAAGAGAAAAGAGUGGAACCACUGGAACGUCCAAGUGGUUCUAAAGCUGAUUUGGAAAGAGUUAUUGAUGAUUUUGUUUUCAUGUGUUUCUUUGCUGGGAAUGAUUUUCUUCCUCAUAUGCCAACCCUUGAUAUUCAUGAGGGGGCUAUUGAUCUUCUUUUAUAUGUAUACAAGAAAGAGUUCAAGAAUCUUGGUGGGUAUUUGGUUGAUAUUGAAAGGGUUGAUGCACCGAAAGGUGGCUGCAUUAAGUUGUCCAGAGUUGAAAAGUUUAUCCUCUCUGUUUCUGCAUUUGAGGAGAAGAUAUUUAUGAAAAGAAUGAAAAUCAGAGAAAAGAGAAAUAGGCGGAUUGUGUGUGCAAGUGAGGAUGACGAUCUGCAGGACGAGGAGGGAAACAAUGAUGUAGUUUUUGAUUCAAAAAAGGGCGUUGACAUCUCCGCCCUAGAUAUUCUUGAAAAUACAAAGGAAUUGAAGCAGAAGUUGAAGGACAGCCUCCGUCAUAAUGCCGAUACCUUCAAACAUGGUGUAGUUGGAGAUAAGGUAAAGCUUGGUUUUCCUGGUUGGAGGGAGCGAUAUUACAUGCAAAAAUUCAAACUGCAAAGCCAAGCAGAUGUGGAAAGAACUCGAAGGGAUGUUGUUACACACUACACCAAGGGCCUUCUUUGGGUCCUAUUAUACUACUUUAAGGGGGUACCAUCUUGGGGCUGGUACUACCCAUAUCAUUAUGGCCCGUUUGCUUCAGACAUGAAAGGGAUGGCACAGACAAAUGUGAAAUUUAAGAUGGAAGAACCUUUUAAGCCCUUUGAUCAGCUAAUGUCGGUCCUUCCUCCUGGGAGUGCUCAUGCCCUCCCAAAUGCAUACCAAAGGCUCAUGCAGGAUGACAAGUCAAGCAUAAUUGAUUUUUACCCUAUGGACUUUGAGACGGAUAUGGAUGGGAAAAGAUUUUUGUGGCAGGGUAUAACAAAAUUGCCAUUCAUAGAGGAAAUGCGUCUUAUGGCGGAGACAAAGAAGCUUGAUCUAAGCCUCACGGAAGAUGAGCGGAAGAGAAACGCAGAGAUGAAGGAGCAGUUGUUCAUGGAUAAAUCAUGUGCACUGGCAGUGCAUAUUUUGUCUUGCUUCAAAGAAGGUAGCAGCAGUGGUCUAUACGAGAGUAAUCCCAUAAAAGUUGAUGGUUCGGCCUUGAGGGGUGGCGGAAUUUGCGGUAUGGUAUGGCAAAAUAAAGACCAUAGCAGUGAUGCACCAGGAAACACUUUGUGCGUGUUUUUUCAUGUAUCUCCAAUCUCUCCUUUUAUCCCCCGAGUAUUAGCUGGUACGGACUACCCCGAAAAGAUGGUGAGUGAAGUUGAUAUUGAUAAAACAGUAGUACUCUGGCAUGAAGAAUUCCAUGGCAGAACUACAGCCAGUUGUUACAGCAGCAACAGCAGGCCUCUUCCUCCUCCUAACUAUCAAAGCUCCAAGGAUAUACCAAAUGAUGAUGGUGGCAGAAAAGGUGCCGGGGGCUCUGGAUGGAAUAGCAGCGGGAAGACGCGUUGUCGACCCGAAUUGCAGAAGCAUAACAGAUACACCCCGCUGCCACGACCCCAAUGUGCACAACCCCCAACACCCAUGCCAGUUUCUGCUCCAAGAAACCAAUGGCAGCGGCAUCAACCCCCUCCUGUCGCAAUGCCAUCCUAUCAGGGCGGGCCGCGAUACAACAAUAAUGUCAUCAGUUCUCCGUGGCAGGGUUGCGGGGUGAAUGAUUCUAGUCCACCAAUGUCAGUUCCUGGUCCAAGAAAUCCAUGGCAGCGGCAUCAACCCCCUGCUGUCCCAACAUCAUAUCAGGGCGGGACACGAUACAACAGUAAUGUCAUCAAUUCUUCGUGGCAGGGUUGCGGGGUGAAUGAUUCUAGUCCAAACACAAUGUCAGCUUCUGCUACAAGAAAUCAAUGGCAGCGGCAUCGCCCCCCCACUGAUGCACCAUCAUCAUAUCAGGGCAGGGCACGAUACAACAAUAAUGUCAUCAGUUCUCCGUGGCGGGGUCAAUGAUUCUAGUCCCGCUGAUUCAUGUAGGUGGAAGGGGAAAUGAUCUAGUUGGCAGGCAACACAAUAGAUAAUCAGUAAGGUCUAGGGCAGACUGGCCGGCUGCUCAACCGCCUCAACGUUUUGCUUUAGCUCGUCCUUUUGACCGAUCUGCCAACGAGUCAGAUAUGUGUUCUGGCGUUUUUCUCUUUUUGAGUGCGAAUGAUGAAGAUGAAGAUUCUCUUGGGGCUUUACUUUAUAGUAAUAACUUUAAAUAUAAGAUGUCCAUUUUGUGACGACCUCUACUUUUGAAUGCUAAUCUAAUGUAGUCAGUAGUCUAGUAAUAUGCAUGGUCCUUUUGUGAAGCCUAAUGAGAGUUGGACAGUAUUCACCAUAAGUAUAUUUGUGAGUACUAUUGUUGGCUUAAAUAGCCAGUCAGCAAUACAAGAGUAUAUAUACAUUAGAG